AAACAGAGGCAUCUGGAACUUUCACACCUAAGUUUUCUUUAUUACCUGCUCCUUUUGCAGAAAGAUGCGACUUGGUCGAGGGAAUCCCAGAAAUUUCCAAGAAAUUUCGAAUUAAUUGUUGCCUCGGGUAGUUGCCCACUUUUGAAGUUGAUGUUUACGAGUAAAUUACGCAAACAGCUGGCUUGAUAAAGGUGCCAAGAGGAAGUUGACUCGGCUUUGCCAUCUAUAAAAGAACUACGGGAGGAGAAAGCAUCCAACGAAGCAACCGCCCAAACCAUCCCUCUGUCGCAGAUAUCUUCGAUGCGUGUGGAGUACACAUCCGAAGAGGUGAAGGACAAUGCCCCGAUUAAACCACCAAAUCAAAAAAUUGAGGGCAGAGAUGAAAGAAAUUGGUAAGGAACAAAGAAGUAUAAGAAAGGGACAAAAAAAGGUGCGAGAAAAACUAGAAGCUGUGGAAUCAAAAUGCCAGGAGCUCCGCAGAGAGACUAAGCUGGUAAUACAGCAGAGUAACAACACCAGAAUCCGUUUGGCUCUUAUGCUUCAAAUCCUCAAAGCAAGACAAGCGAACGAUUUUGUCAAAGCAACUCUCCUCACCCAGGCCUUACGUGAAAUUAUUGCAAAACAGAAUAAAAAUCUUGAGCUACCAAUUAUCAACUAUCAACUAUCAGAAAAAAACUUAAGAGAUCUCGAAUAAUAAACAAAUAAAAGGGAGCAAACUUCUUCUCGAGGUCUUUUCAGUUACGGGUGAUCGAGAGUUCCUAUUAGCAGUUUGCGUCAUUGAAAAUUUAAGACUUUACGUUUAGUAGUUAUUUGCAGUUUCAGUGUUCGUUUUGUGUGCAAGUUUUAAAAGACAUAUAAUGUACCUUGAAUGUGUACUUUUAACUUAUCAUAAUCCCGAUGAAAUGACGGGAUUUCUGUUGUACGCUUUGAUAAAUUUUUUUCGCUUCCAAUUUGUUUAUCUUUUCUUAGGAAUUAAAUUAAAUCAAAUGGU